UCUUUGUCCCGAUAGAUUCGCGGCCGAGUUUGACUUCCGAACCUUUGACCCGGAGGGAGUUGUUCUGUAUGCCGAGUCGGCCCCAGACUCGUGGUUCAUGUUGGGACUAAGGGGUGGCCGCAUUGAAGUCCAGUUUAAAAACCAGCACACCUACAAGGUUACAAGUGGAGGAAAAGCCAUCAAUGAUGGACAGUGGCAUGUGAUCUCGGUGGACGAGCUGGAAAGCAGCAUCAGCGUGAAGAUCAGUAAGGAGGCUGUGAUGAGCAUCAACAGCCCCGAGAAUCUCUUCACUUCAGUCAAUGGCAAACUGGAGACCAAAGUCUACAUCGCUGGGCUGCCCAACCGCACAGACAACGUCAUGAAGCCUAUCAAUCCCCGACUCGACGGCUGCAUCCGUGGCUGGAACCUAAUGAACCAGGGGGCCUCCGGGGUCAAAGAGGUCAUUCAGGAGAAGGAGAGCAAACACUGCUUCAUCUACGUGGAAAGAGGGUCCUUCUUCUCAGGGGCCGGACUGGCACUCUUCGACAUAGACUACAGUGAUUCUAGGAGCUGGAAGGUGGAUAUAACAAUGAACAUCCGUCCAUCAAGGAGCACAGGUGUCCUCUUUGCUCUUGUCUACAACAACACAGUCCCCCUGUCGGUUGCCGUGGUAACAAAGGAGGAAGAAGAUGCAAACCUGCAAGUGUUCCUAGACGGCGUCUCUGUGGCCACGCUGGACUCGCUUAUGUUGUGUUACCCUGAUCGGUUGAUGGUGCAGCUGAACGUGACUCCGACAGAAAUCCAGAUCUCUGCAAACUCCUCCACUGUUGGCUACAUAAAGUCUGAAACCCUGCAGAAGGCCCUGGAGCAGCUCAACACCACCAUGCAGAACCCCAUAAGCACAUACAUUGGCGGGAUACCAUCUGACGUCCCUUUGCCUGCCACCCCUGUGUCAGCCUUUUACCACGGCUGUAUGGACAUCAGCAUAAAUGGCAGACAGCUGGACUUUGACGAAGCACUGAGUAAACACAACAGCAUAAAGUCUCAUUCCUGUCCUCCUGUCAGUGACCCAGGACACCCUGAUGUACAUCGCCCUGCAUAGGAAGUGACCUUAAUUAGCAAUCCAUUAAAAAAAAACCUCCUCAAAUUAGCCAACACCCCACAUGGGACACCUCUGGGGAUAUGUCAGGUAGAUAAUGGGGUUUUAAGUGCUGUGUAACUUUGUCCACCCUUUUUUUCCAGGUUUUUUGGUUGGUCUUAGCUUCAGCAAAAGCUGGACAUUAUGGUUGUAGCAGUUUGUUGCAAUAAAUGUAAAAUUUUUCAAGCUAUUUUGACAGAGAGAGUUGCAUUCUGCAGUAGCAGUUUGUAUUGAGCAACAUACGGUUGACUUUGUGUAAUUUGUGUAAAAUAAACAAAUGGUCAAUGUUGACCAGGCUCUGAUAGUACCCUGUCCUUGCUGCAGUCACGGUUCCUAUUUGUGUUUGUCUCAGAAAAAGAGGCAGAACCUGGAGGCCUCUGACUCAUGUGUCUUUGAAUCUGCAAAACGGAUCUGGGCCACACAUCGAAACUUUUGGUCUCCAGCUUGGUUGAUAAUAUUAUUAUGAGUGGACAAUUCCCAGUGUAUAUAAAAGACGAACCGUGUAGUUCUUUAUGAUGUAUUUUUUUCAAUGUUUAUUUUAAUAAAACUGAAUUAAAGCAA